AGAGGGGGACGGGGUUUGUAUAGCCGCUGUUAAAAUGUUGUCGGUUCCACCGUGGGGCUGCCGGCCAUCUCUGUGACCGGGGGUAACCGGAGGGGCAACUUGUCGAGUGAUGCGGUCGGUUUGAGCUCGAGCUUGAGCGCGCACCCGGAUAGAGAGAGAGAGAGAGAGAGAGUGUGUGUGUGUGUGUGUGAGAGAGAGAGAGAGAGAGAGAGAGAAGGUAACUUUCUCAUGUGACGCGUUAAGCAGCGCCGGGAAGGUCCUGUGCACGCGCCGCUGUUUCUUUCACUCUCCAGCUGAACGGAUACGCGUUUUCCUGCUUUCUUUCUUUCCGAACAUGUGGAAGAGGUGCAGAAGGAGGAGGAGGAUAAAUCACUACUAGAUCGUCAUCUAUUUUUUAAUUUAUUUUUAUUUUUUAAAUUUUUUUUUGAAAGUUGGACGUGUUUUCCAGCGCGUGCUGUCUAUCGACUGUAAUGAAAGUUGAAUUCCUGCAAGUUGGGAUGGAUCUGAAACGCAGUGGACUCUACGCUCCGCGUGAAACACGACUCCACACGCGAUAUCUUUAAUAUCGCUCCAUCAUCAUCAUCACUGUUAUUGUUAUUAUUGCAUUAUAUAUAUAUACUUUUUUUCCUCACGUGAGCGGAUUAUUCUGGCCAUGCAGCACGCUGUAGGUGUGAGCUCGCGCGCUGUGACUUUGAAUGGAAACUGAUGAGAAACUGAAACAUUGUAUCCAGCGCUUUACUUUUAUCCUCUCUUUCUCUCACUCUUUUUCCUUAUUCCAAGAUUUGAUUGAAGAUUGAAGAAUGUAAUGACUGCUCUCACUGAAAGCUUUAUUCCUGCACAUAAGCUAAGCAGCAUCUGAUCCUCUCCUGAACAGAGAGAGGGAGAGAGAGAAAGCACUGAGACUCUUAUUAUUAUAGUUUUUUCUAAUAGGUUUGGAUUGUGAUUAAGCAUGAUGGACAGACACUGUAUUGUUUAUCAGAUGGAGUUGACUCUUUUGAUGAUGCUGUUUUGGGUCACAGUUUGGGCAGAUGACAGCAAGAUCAUUUCAGACAGAUAUGCUGUGUACUGGAACAGCACCAAUCCCAGAUUCGUACAUGGUGAGUACACAGUAGAGGUCGCCAUCAAUGACUACCUGGACAUCUACUGUCCGCACUACGAGACGCCAAUCCAGGCCGAGCGCAUGGAGCGCUACAUCCUCUACAUGGUUAGCUACGACAGUUAUAUCACCUGCAACCACCUCAUCAGAGGCUUCAAGCGCUGGGAGUGCAAUCGGCCCCUGAGCCCCAGCGGGCCCCUCAAAUUCUCAGAGAAGUUCCAGCUCUUUACACCCUUCUCGCUGGGCUUCGAGUUCCGCCCGGGACACGAGUACUACUACAUAUCGUCCCCACAUCCAAACCUUGCUGGAAAGCCUUGCUUGAAGCUCAGAGUCUACGUCAAGCCUACAAAUGACUCACUGUACGAGUCGCCGGAGCCGUUUCUGACAGAUGACACCAACAGCGGUCACUUCCUGUCCCCAUGUCUCUUUCUGUUGUUGCUUGAGCUCCUCGUGCUCUUCAGCUCCUCCUAGCACUCUUGAGUCUUCACAGCAGUGCACAUGCACACAUAUACAUACACACAUACAGUACACACACACUUACAGGCAUAUACAUACACACAUCCAAAUCUUAGCAUUGCUGCUUCUCCCUGAACAGGAAGAAAAGAAAAGAAAAAGAAAAGAAAAAAAAAACGCAAACCCUGCCCACUUAAAAUAUAAUCGCAUUGUCCAUUUGGUUCUGAGCAUUGUAUCUUCAUCCAAUAAUCUUCAAUCUUCUGACGAUAAAAGACUGCCAUUGAGAAAAGACUCAUUUGGGGGAAACAACAACAAUAACAACAACAAC